UCUCUUUCCAACCCAAAGUCAGAGCCACCAUUAUUUAAUUUUUCGCUGUUUUUCUUCCUCAAUGAUGAGCGAGUUUUUGGGCAUGGGGGACUGGGAUUUGCAGUCUGUGGUUAGGGGAUGCGCCAUUAAUGAAGCUUCCUCCGCCGCUUUCAUGGACACUUCGUUGCCUUGCUUCGGCCCCUUGGCGAUUCAACAAGACGAACUUCUCUUCAGCUUCCCCGACUUCUUUGAAACUACCACUGUUUUGGACGAAUUGGAGCAGUUGUACAAGCCUUUCUACCCUGUUCUGCAACCGCUUUCUCCCGUACGAACAGCUGCCGCGCCCUCCAUUUCCAUGGAAGACCCAAAGAAGAUGAAAGAGCAGGACCAUCUUCCUGGCUCUGCUGACAAUGGUGGCGGUGGCCCUGGUUCUCACGGGGCUAAACCCAAGAAAAGCAGGAAGAGCCAGCAAAAACGAGUGGUGCAACAUGUAACAGCCGAGGGUCUGUCUUCGGAUGUGUGGGCUUGGCGUAAAUAUGGGCAGAAACCCAUUAAGGGUUCGCCUUAUCCAAGGAGUUAUUACAGGUGCAGUAGUUUAAAGGGGUGUUUGGCGAGAAAACAAGUGGAGAGGAGCCGAACAGAUCCGGAGAUUUUCAUUGUGACCUACACAGCUGAACACAGCCAUUCUCAUCCAACUCGCCGGAAUUCCCUCGCCGGAAUCACCAGAAACAAGUUCUCCACACCUAAAAAACCCAGCAAAGCCGAGCCGCCCAGCACACCAACAACAGUGGCCAAUGAUUCGUCCUCUUCUCCAAUUUCAACUUCCGAUCUCUCUGCAACAACCCCUUUAAUGUCCGCCAUGGAAGAUGAGUUGCAGCCAUAUGUAAGCCAACAAGAGACCCGAGGAGAAGAAGAUCAGAAGCUAAACGAGAGGAAUAACACCAACGAGGUUCACAUCUCUGAUGAGAUACUGAACAACGAUUUCUUCCUGGGCCUGGAGGACAUGGACUUUUCUGUACAGUUCCCGUCUUCUUUUCCUCAACCUUGGUUCGCCGCAACUGCCGCCGGCGGUUGCUGAUUCCACCACACACGACAUGGGAUGUUACUCGUUAAAUUUUCCCUUUAACCUUUUGUUCCAAUACUUGUUUCUCUCUCUCUCCAUCUCCAUUUUCUUUUACUGUUAACUUCUGGUUUUGUAAAUGGUAUCAGACAUUAGACAAGAGGAAAGAUGAAUAUUGUACAUCUGAGAAUGAUAUUUUAUGUAACAAGUUGGAUAGUUAGUUUCCCAA